AUGGGGGUCGCGUGCCGCGGCUGUCCCGGGGCGGCCCGGGCGCUGCUGCUGCUGCUGCCGCUGCUGCUGACAGCGGUCUUACCGCCUGGCCGGGGCCGCGCCACAGGGCCGCCAGAGGACGUGGACGAGUGUGCCCAAGGGCUGGAUGACUGCCAUGCCAAUGCCCUGUGUCAGAACACACCCACCUCUUACAAGUGCAUCUGCAAACCUGGUUACCAGGGAGAGGGCAGGCAGUGUGAGGACAUUGAUGAAUGUGAAAACGAACUCAGCGGAGGUUGUGUCCAUGACUGUUUGAAUAUUCCAGGCAACUAUCGUUGCACUUGUUUCGAUGGCUUCAUGUUGGCUCAUGAUGGUCACAAUUGUCUUGAUGUGGACGAGUGCCUGGAGAAUAAUGGUGGCUGCCAGCACAUCUGUGUCAACGUCAUGGGGAGCUACGAGUGCCGCUGCAAGGAGGGGUUUUUCCUGAGUGACAAUCAGCACACGUGCAUUCACCGCUCAGAAGAGGGCCUGAGCUGCAUGAAUAAGGAUCACGGCUGUAGUCACAUCUGCAAGGAGGCCCCAAGGGGCAGUGCCGCCUGCGAGUGCAGGCCUGGUUUUGAGCUGGCCAAGAACCAGAGAGACUGCAUCUUGACCUGUAACCAUGGAAACGGUGGGUGCCAGCACUCCUGUGAGGACACGGCAACAGGCCCAGAGUGUAGCUGCCAUCCACAGUAUAAGAUGCACACAGAUGGGCGGAGCUGCCUCGAGCAAGAGGACGCUGCCCUGGAGGUGAUGGAGAGCAAUACCACGUCAGUGGUGGAUGGGGAUAAACGGGUGAAACGAAGGCUGCUCAUGGAAACAUGUGCUGUCAACAAUGGAGGUUGCGACCGCACCUGCAAGGAUACUUCGACAGGUGUUCACUGCAGUUGUCCUGUCGGAUUCACACUCCAAUUGGAUGGAAAGACCUGUAAAGAUAUUGAUGAGUGCCAGACCCGCAAUGGAGGUUGUGAUCAUUUCUGCAAAAACACCGUGGGCAGUUUUGACUGCAGCUGCCGAAAAGGAUUUAAAUUAUUAACAGAUGAGAAGUCUUGCCAAGAUGUGGAUGAGUGCUCUUUGGAUAGGACCUGUGACCAUAACUGCAUCAACCACCCUGGCACGUUUGCAUGUGCUUGCAACAAAGGGUACACCCUCUAUGGCUUUACCCACUGUGGAGACACAAACGAGUGCAACGUCAACAACGGAGGCUGUCAGCAAGUCUGUGUGAACACAGUGGGCAGCUACGAAUGCCAAUGCCACUCUGGCCACAAGCUCCACUGGAAUAAAAAGGACUGUGUGGAAGUGAAGGGGCUCCUGCCCAACAGGAUGCCCCCCGUGUCCCUGCAUUGCAGUAAGAGUGGUGGAGGAGACAGGUGCUUCCUAAGAUGUCACUCUGGCAUUCACCUCUCUUCAGAUGUCACCACCAUCAGGACAAGUGUAACCUUUAAGCUAAAUGAAGGCAAGUGUAGUUUGAGAAAGGCUGAGCUGUUUCCUGAGGGUCUGCGACCAGUACUACCAGAGAAGCACAGUUCAGUAAAAGAGAGCUUCCACUACGCAAACCUUACAUGCAGCUCCGGCAAGCAAGUCCCUGGAGCCCCUCGCCGACCAAGCACCGCUAAGGAAAUGUUUAUCACUGUUGAGUUUGAGCUUGAAACUAACCAAAAGGAGGUGACAGCUUCUUGUGAUUUGAGCUGCAUUGUAAAGCGAACAGAGAAGCGACUCCGGAAAGCCAUCCGCACACUCCGGAAAGCUGCCCACAGGGAGCAGUUUCACCUCCAACUAUCAGGCAUGGACCUUGAAGUCGCUAAAAAGUCUCUCAGAACAUCUGAACGCCGAGCAGAGUCCUGUGGAGUGGGUCAAGGCCACGAGGAAAACCAAUGUGUCAGUUGCAGGGCUGGGACAUAUUAUGAUGGAUCACAAGAACGCUGCAUUUUAUGUCCAAAUGGAACUUUUCAAAAUGAAGAAGGACAAAUCACAUGUGAACCAUGCCCAAGACCAGAAAAUCCUGGGGCCCUAAAGACUCUGGAAGCUUGGAAUGUGUCUGAGUGUGGAGGUCUGUGCCAAACUGGUGAAUAUUCCACGGAUGGCUUUGCCCCCUGCCAGCUCUGUCCACUGGGCACAUUCCAGCCUGAAGCUGGCCGCACUUCCUGCUUCCCCUGUGGAGGAGGCCUCCCCACCAAAUACUUGGGAGCCACUUCCUUCCAGGACUGUGAGACCAGAGUUCAAUGUUCCCCUGGACACUUCUACAACACCACAACUCACCGGUGUAUCCGUUGUCAAGCAGGAACAUACCAGCCUGAAUUUGGAAAAAGUAAUUGUAUUUCCUGCCCAGGAAAUACCACAACUGACUUUGAUGGCUCCACGAACAUAACCCAGUGUAAAAACAGAAGAUGUGGAGGGGAGCUGGGAGAUUUCACCGGAUAUAUCGAAUCCCCAAACUACCCAGGCAAUUACCCAGCCAACGCUGAGUGUACGUGGACCAUCAACCCACCCCCUAAGCGCCGCAUCUUGAUUGUGGUCCCUGAGAUCUUCUUGCCCAUAGAGGAUGACUGUGGAGACUACCUGGUGAUGCGGAAAACCUCUUCCUCCAAUUCUGUGACAACAUACGAAACCUGCCAGACCUAUGAGCGCCCCAUCGCCUUCACCUCCAGGUCAAAGAAGCUGUGGAUUCAGUUCAAGUCAAAUGAAGGGAACAGUGCCAGAGGGUUCCAGGUGCCAUAUGUGACGUACGAUGAGGACUACCAGGAACUCAUUGAAGACAUUGUUCGAGAUGGCAGGCUCUAUGCAUCUGAGAAUCAUCAGGAAAUACUUAAGGAUAAGAAACUGAUCAAGGCUCUGUUUGAUGUCCUGGCCCACCCCCAGAAUUAUUUCAAGUACACAGCCCAAGAGUCCCGAGAGAUGUUUCCAAGAUCCUUCAUCCGAUUGCUACGUUCCAAAGUGUCCAGGUUUUUGAGGCCUUACAAAUGACUGCCACAUGCCAUUUGGUACAAAUGUUCCACCUGUGGGCUUGGUGGAACAGAGCUGUCUGCCUCUGUAUGCCAGCACAUAGUUGGAUAGUGCUGCCUCCAGUAUCAAUGACUCAUUAGAGUUCAAUUUUUAUAGAUAAUACAGAUAUUUUGGUAAAUUGAAGUUGGUUUUUCUUUCCCAGGUUGUGGAUGUGGACUGAGAAUGGCUUUGAGUUGCACCCACUUCUCAUUGCAGUGGGUAGAUCUUCUGGACACAGCAAGGGCUGGCUGAGCUGGGCUUGAGUCAGCUCAGGUGAGACUCAACUUGUCCUUCAUGGUUCUCACUCCUCCUCGAGGGAGCUGUGGUGGAAAGGAGGCCACAGAAGGGACUACCUUAUUGUCUGCAACUUUAGCUUUCUUCUGCCCAGCUCUCCCUAAGGGAGCCCUCUGAACCCAUGUGCAAGCUCUGACCAGGCAGGGCAGGAGGGAAGGCCCUCCAGGUGCCAUCCACCCACCCAAUACCUGGGAGGACUCCGUUUCUCCAGAGCCUCCUCCAGCCUUUUUGAUCCUGAGAGCUUAAGUUCUAAGUAGCGAUCAUUAAAUACUUAAAGCAGAAAGAGUUAGAAAUAAAAGAUAAACACAAAGCUCUUCUGGAG